AUGGGAAGCCGUCCAUCCUGCCUCUCUUUAUCGGAGACGGUUGUGGGCGCUGUAGUAUGGGGCCUUCAAUUAGCAGAACAUGGAAUUCAAACGCCGCUCCGGGUUGACCUGAGUCAUGAAGUGCUUCAAGCGCUGUCUGGAGACGCCUGUCACGCUGGCCACGUAGAGAUUUCCUGGGAGUUUUUUGAUGAGCUUGUCUAUGAGUUUGAUGCGGGUACCCCAAGCAAUGCUGAGAUUGCCACCGCUGAGUUUUCUCCUUCGUCCGGGACUCCGACAUGGAUGGCGGCAGGCUCAUCCGCUAGCUAUGCUCCUGGCCCAUGCAUAACCUGUGUGGAAAACGAGUGGAAAUGCGGUGGUAAUGUGCUUGAGCAGCGCAUCGGCAGUACCUGGGGCCCGCGUGUUACUUGUGCGGAUAUCUACGGAGCCAACUACUUCAUCACCGAUGUUCCAGCAGAGAACUUGACCCAUCUUGUCUUUGCUUUCGCCAACGUCAACACUACUACUGGCAACGAUAUUGAGUACACUUGGGCGGAUCUCCAGUAUGCGUACCCUGGAGAUAAUACCAGUGCUUCGGGAGAAAAUGUAUAUGGGAAUAUCAAGCAGAUGUUCCUGUUGAAGAAGAAGCACCGCCAUCUCAAAACGAUGCUCUCCAUCGGUGGCUGGAGCUACCGCGAGAAUUUUCCCCCUAUGCUUGCAUCUAGCACCAAGCGGCAGAACUUCGUUGAUACGGCCGUCCAAUUUGUCGCAGAUCUCGGCUUCGAUGGAAUUGAUAUCGAUUAUGAGUACGUCGCAGACCACAGCCAAGCGGCGCAGAUGGUCGAUUUGCUUAGGCGUCUGCGCCAGAGUCUGGACCAACUGGCAGAGAAGACAGACGCUACAUCCCCAUUCCAGAUCAGCUAUGCCUCUCCAGCGGACAAGGACAAGGCUGUCAUGUUAGACCUCACUAGCAUGACCCCGUAUCUCGAUUUCUACACUGUUAUGGCUUUGGACUAUAUGGGACCCGGAUUCAGCAAUUACUCUGGCUACUUGUCAAACUUGUUCCCGGAAGUCCGCAAUCCACGUGCAACUGAUUAUGAUACAAACUCGAGCCUUGAUUUUUACAUGUUUAACGGUCAGGUUCCACCCAACAAGAUCGUUCUGGAGAACCCGCUGUACGGUCGUGUCUUCAAUGGCACUAAUGGCGUGGGCGAUAAGUUCUCCAAUGGCGGCACACAGGGCAGCCUUGGUACCGCUGGGCUUUGGAAUUACAACGCGCUUCCCCUACCAAAAUUCGACGCAAAGGUUGUCAACAUUCCCCGUGUCGGCGGAAGCUACAGCUACGACGCCAAGCAGAAAUACCUGAUUAGCUAUGAUACUCCUGAGAUAGCCGCCCUCAAGGCUGAGUAUGUCCAGUGUUUGGGUCUUGCUGGCACCGCCUGGUGGGAAGUUAGCAUGGACCGGAAUGAUACUCUGAGUCUCAUCGGAACCACUGUCUCUCUGUUUGGAGGCGCUGGCGCUUUGGAUCAGUCUCUUAACAACUUGAACUAUCCCACCAGCACAUAUGUUAACCUGAAGGAUGGCUUCACUAGCAAUUAA